CAGCUGGCCACACUCGCUGUCUCCGAUUCAGCAAGUAUGUAAAUGUCAUUUUAUUUAUAAAUUUAAAUUGUUAUUUUUCGUUACAAACAACGUGAGCUAAUUUUUCUCACGUUCGGCUUCGAGAUUUAAGUAAAUUAGAUUUAGAACCCAAACGGUAUGCGUUCCCCGGAGUUUUAUAACCUCAGCGGGAGAGCUGUGUGUAUCACGUAACAUCGCGGGCGUGUAGUGUGAUGGUGAGGCGAACCGCGAUGGUUCUAAGUACCGAAUGGGCACAAGUUGAAGUUGUCGAGCUCACUAAUGAUGGCAACGGCUUGGGUUUCAACCUAGUCGGCGGCAGGAGUACCGGCGUCGUGAUAAAAUACGUACUGCCAGGAGGUGUGGCUGACAAGGACAGGCGACUGCAAAGCGGUGAUCACGUGCUGCAGGUGGGCUCCGUAAACCUGCGCGGCUUCACAUCGGAGCAGGUGGCUGCUGUAUUGAGGCAGGCGGGACCAGUAGUCCGUUUGUUAGUCGCGCGCCCAGCGGAUCCUGCGACCGCUCUCCGUGCCCCGCAACCCGGCACAGCGCUCGUGCCGACCAAAAUCCUUGCUGAUCCGGAGCUUCUCGACCGUCAUCUCAUCGAAACUGGUUACGGUGCAGUGUAUGACUUAUCUCAAUGUUACAGUGACUAUAAUAUCAAUGGGCAAAAUGGCGAAACGGAAACUAGUAUAGUGGCAGCAGCGGUUAGUGUUAUUGGUGACAAUCCACAGAAAAUACCUGAUCAUCCCAUUGUAUGUGAUUCUGUGUCACCAACCAUCACUAUCACUGUUCCAGUAGAGUUACCUGAAAUUGAAAUUAUUCAUGUGGAUUUAAAUAAGAAUGUGUAUGGACUAGGUAUCACGGUAGCGGGGUAUGUGUGUGAAAAAGAGGAGCUCUCUGGAAUAUUUGUUAAAAGUAUAAUCGAGGGUAGCAGUGCUGAACAAAGUGGUAAAAUUAAAAUUAAUGAUAGAAUUAUUGAAGUGGAUGGUAUAUCAUUAGCCGAUAAGAGUAAUCCCCAGUCUGUGGAGAUAUUGAGGAACACAGGUAUUUCUGUUCACUUAGUUUUAGAGAGAUAUCUUCGAGGUCCAAAAUUUGAACAUCUACAACUAGCUAUAUUUAACGAGGAGCGGCCAACUUCACCAUCACCCUCCACCACUACACUUUCUUGGUUCCCAGUGCCUUCUCAACUCGAAAAUAGUAUAACAGAAAUAGAACCUGAACCAGAAUCAAAUACUACAAUUGAUUCCAGCGUCUUAGAGGUGGGAGAUCUUCAGGAGCCCACACAAGAAGAGCUGGACCAAAGAUUUGAUGAAAUACUUGCUGUUGACAAAGAGGACAUUGUAAAGAAGUGGAAAGAAGAAAUUGGAUCUGACAAAGAAAUAUUAGUGGCUGAAAUAAAAAAGUUAGAAGGACUAGGGAUCAGCCUUGAAGGAACUGUGGAUGUGGAAGGAGGGCAAGAGUUGAGACCUCAUCACUACAUUAGGUCUGUGCUUCCAGAUGGGCCUGUUGGACUGCAGGGUGUACUAAAUGCUGGUGAUGAACUGCUCGAAGUCAAUGAAUAUAGAUUACAUGGCUUAACACAUUCGGAAGUUGUAAACAUUCUAAAGCAACUACCAGACAGAGUAAGAUUGGUAUGUGCACGUAACAGCGUCGACAGUGGACCACGCCCUGUUGUAAACUUAGCAUCAGAUCGAGAAGGGUUUGAAGCGAGGAAAAUUAUAUCCGGAAGCCUAAACAACCUCACAACAUUAGUAAAAGCACAAUCAGAUACAUCUAUAAACACAUCAAGUACAGCAACACUGACUAAUCACUCAGAGCAGUCUAAGAAAUCCCGAUCUCUUGAGUGUGUGUCUGGUUUAGCCAUGUGGCAGAGCAAAGAGGAUAUUGUGAUGCUUGUCAAAGCUGAUCAGGGACUCGGCUUUUCAAUAUUAGAUUACCAAGAUCCAGUAGAUCCAAAUGGAACAGUCAUUGUCGUUAGGAGUUUAGUACCCGGCGGAGUUGCAGAGAAGAAUGGUGAAAUAUCACCAGGAGACAGGGUAAUGUCCGUGAACGGAGUCAGCAUACAAAAUGCGACAUUAGACCAAGCUGUUCAGGCUCUCAAAGGUGCUCCGAGGGGGACAGUCAAAGUAGGAAUUGCGAGACCCUUGCCACCUCAAGACUCCUCAAAGUCCAAGGGUACAAUUAAUGUUAACAAAGCAAGCUGAAUCUGAGAGUAACAAUAUAAAAACUAUGCUAGUCAAAUAUUGAGUCAUAUCUGUACUAUUAAGAUAAACAGUCCAUAAUAUUCAGAACAGCAAGGAAAAAAUUCUUUGAACUGAGAAAACUAUAUUAAAAAUAAUUUAAUUUAGCUAAAACAUUACUUAGAAGUGAUUGUUCCUUCACAUUCUAAUAAUUAUAUAACUUGCAGAAAGACAGCAAACAUGCAUGUAGCAGGUACCAUUUAUUCUUCUAUUAUGAAUUAUGUUUUCUUUUCAUUUGUUUCUGUUAGAAGUUAAACAUAAUUUUAACAAAGUAAAAAACUAUUAUUGACCGGAUUCAUGCAGGUUUGUAUUACAGGUAUUUUACCCAGCAGAGGGUUGGCAAGUUUAGCUUUAAAAAUUUAGUGAGAUAUUGUCUGUUCGAAGAAUCAAUGUUCUCAAUUUCACAAUCAAAAUGUUAAGUAACAUAUAACUAAUUAAAUAUGAACAUUCACAUUCUGUAGUGAAUUCACAUUUCCUGAAACUACUCUUCCACCUUGUACUGUAUGUAGAGGGAACUAUAGUAGAAACCUUCCUUCGACUGUCAGUAUCAACUACACUAAGUUUCAUCACAAUCACAUGAGUGCCCUAAGAAUGUACCGAGAACAAACACAUAAAUUUUUACUAUGUAUCAAUAGCUUGCUUCUCGUAAAACAAAUUAGAUUGGAUCCAGAGUAAGUUAACAAAGUAUUUGAGUGAAAAGAACGAAUAAUGGAAAUGUUUUAGCUAAAUUUUUAAGAAAAAUUAAGGCACAUUAGUUUUAGUAUAGUACACUCACAGUGCGGAAUGAGCUCAAAGUAUUUUAUAAACAAUAAAAACUACGCUUUACUAGUUAAAUAUAAGGUUAUAUUUUAUAUAAGGAACAAACAACACAUCACUUUUUACUGCACAGUUUAAAAGAAUAAGAAAAUAAAAAUAAUUUUUGUACAAAUUUUUCAAUUUACAUUUUUUUUUUGGUCUUGUUUUAUGUACAAAUCAAAAUGAUUAAUUGUAAGACUUGAUGGAACAGAGAGAGAUUGUAUAUUGUUGCAGUAAUAGUAAGAAGUAAAAGUGCCGACAGUAACAAAAAAACUCUUGUAAUAGAUAUAAUAAAAGUUUAUAUCGCACAGUUGGUGAUCUCUGAUUCUUUAGUCAGGAGGAAUUCGCCGGUCUUACGCGUAGGGAUUGAGGGCGAUAGGCGAGGCAUGAUUCAAUCAACUAAAACCCUUUUCAUCAUUCAGCUUAUUGAUCGAUCUGCGCUCGAGCAUCCGAGAAGCCAUAGCAAGGUAGAGGCGUCCCUGUUAAAGAGAACGGUUUUUGGUAGACAUUUCAGUUGCUAUCCUUCUUCAAGAUAUCUAUGAGGAACCAUUUGGCUUGUAGGCAGAUUUAGGCAGUAUUUAGGCAGUAGGCAGAUUUCACUCCAAGGGUCCUUAAAUAUGACGACAAAACCGUUAUGAAAACGUCUAAAGUCUAUCUCCGUUGUUGAUCGUAACGAUAACGUCGAAUGAAGAAUUUUAUGUUGCAUGUCAAUAAUGGUACUUGAAAAAAUCAAAAUCGUCUAUCUAUUUAACGAGUUCGAACGAAGCACGUUGCUCGCGAAUAGAAGUCCAUCAUAAGACGUGCUCGAAGAACCUUCAAUCCGGACUGGGCAGGAAAUUGGAAGGUCGCAAAAAACAUUGGCCAAGGGUUGUUUCAAAUUGCAAAAUUUAAUAAACUCUAAUAGGACCUAACCAAAUGUAAUAAUUACGACGCUUGACAUGAAUUUGCUGAGUUAUUUAUUCCAGUGGAAAGGCGCUGCAGCGACUAGCUAUCGUUGAAAUUACGUCAAAUUUCUCUUUUUAUUUAUUUAGAGAUGGGUGGACAAGAUCACCACCUGGUGUUAAGUGGUUAUCGGAGUCCAUAGACAUCUACAACGUAAAUGCCGCCUCCACCUUGAAUUCUAAGGUCUCAGUAUAGUUAGAAUUCGAAUGACAAUUCUAUUUUUUUUUAAAAUCAGUAUUGGACAAGAAACGAAGUUUCACUGUUGGCACUUUAUUCUUUGCUUCAUUGCCGUUCCGUGUUCAUUAUAUACCUACCAGAUAAACUCAAAUUUACCUAGGUAACUUGUUCAGCCUCACGGUAUUAGUUUUUUUGCCGUGCGUGCGCGCGCCCAGCAAGAAGCUCUCCCCGUAUAAUGUUUUGACGACAGAGAAAGCUUUAACAGUUUUAAGUUGGAGGAAGCUUCGCGAAAAUGCUGCCCCGUUAUCGCACGACAACUGGACAAACAAAUAAAUACUAAGAAAAACAGCAUUUUUAGUUUUGUUAUAUCUAAAACGUUGCUUCCCCAUUAAGAUAUAGAGAAAACCGAAGGGAACAAAUUAUACAAAAAAGAAAAAACAAUUUGGGAUUUGAUCGUAAUAUGAAUUGAAUUUGCAUUCGUUUACCUGGAAGUGAAUCGUCUGUGUUGUGUUUCAUAUAAACUGGUGCUAUAAUUUUGUUAUAUAUCUUGUGUUUUUUAUAUACGUACUUAUUGUAAAAAUAAUUUCAUUGACAUAAAACGGUCUUUCCACAUCGAUCACGAAAGCUUAAAAAGAGCUUUUUAGCAACUUCCAAAAGGUUUAAUUAUGUUGAAUAACCUCCUGUAAACUUUCCGCGGAUUGUACCAGAAAUAUCCAAUGAACAUUCUGUAUUGUGAUAAUUUUCCAUAAUUCAAAUAGGCAUUGUUGAAUCUCGAUUUGUAUUUUUUUUUAAUUCAUCGAAUGAUCUGUCAAUUUGUAUUGUACAAUUUUAUUAUAAAUUAUCUAGUAUUAGUAAAACUAAACUAGGUCUAUGAUGAAAGCAGAAAUGUGUCGAUGAGUCUAUAGAUGCUAUUUAGAGUCCGAUGAUUUAUUCUCCAAUGCGUAAGUGUAAAUCGAGAGAAAUACCAUCUUUAGUCUAAAAUAUCAAAAUUCAUUUAUCAAAACUGGCUGUGGCGUUAUAAAAAUAAAUGUACAUAAAAUAUAAAUUAAUAUAGAUACGUAGAACAUUCUUGAUGACCAAAAAACUUAGUAGUUCACGAAUCACGACCUUAUCUCGAUCGACACAAGGUCGUCGAUGCACCCUAAUGUACCUUAUGGCCUUUUAGAAUUAAAAGUUAUUGUAAAAAUAUUGGCUUAUUUUUUACAUAAACUAAGCGAUCUUUUAGUAUCUUUUACAUUAGAAAAAAAGAUGAAAAAUAUACACAAACGAAUGUUCAAAUAUCGGGCGCCUUUUUUUCAAUUCGGAAACAAAAUAUUUUUCGUUGGUCAUUUAAUCCGAUCCGCCAUUUUGCAUGAAAAGUUCUCAACAAGGGGGCGGGAAAACGAAAACGUCAAAAUUUUAACUCGUUUAGGUAUUCCCGAAAGAUAAAACUUUCAGCAAAAGUUGAAUAUAUUUAAGUCGGUUUUGUUCGUCCCCGUGUAUGUACAUUUAUUAUAAAUGACAUUCUCGCUUUAUUCAACACUUACGUUUUUCAUACCGUUAAUAUACAGAACAUAUUAAUGGCGCAAAAUCGAUCAAAAAGUAUCUUGUUGAGAAUAUUUCAAGUAUUCAUAAAAUCUUCCUUUCUCCAUAGACUGAAAUGUAACUAAAUUAAUAAUCAAUCGGAAAUGUGUGCUGCAAGAUUUCCUUUAUAUGUUGUAUUUUUUAUUUAUUUAUUUAUUGAUUUAGUUGCACCAACAAACAUGACAGAUGUCACCUCAAUUAUAGGUCCAAUCGACAAUGCAAUAGUUGACAACAUCUUGAAAUUAGAAAAGUAAAAAUACAAUGAGUAAUUUUAAGAAAUAUGAAAUUCAGAAUAAUACUUUGUCACUAAAUAACAAAAUAUUUAAUAUCUAAACUUAUUAAAAAAAAUGUUUUUAACGAAAAUUCAAUCUUAUUUAGCUCUAUUAAAAAAAAUCAAGCUUCAGGACUUGUUAUCAGUAAUCUAUUUGAAAUUACAAGUUUCUUUGAUUCAUAGUCGCGAUCACGUACAUUAUAAUUGGGCAAUAAUAACCCUAUACUCUGAUGAAACAAAACAAAAUCUAAGUUGGAAAUUCUUAAAAAUACUUCACACAUUUCCGAUGAUAAAAAACCGUUUAAAAAAAAACUGUACUAAAUUAAAUUGUUGUUAAGUUUUACGCACUGUAACAUAAUAUAACUGACACCACUAAUUAGCCUUACACUUUACUUGAACUGUAAUAAAAAAUAAGGAAUUU